UCCAUUUUCUGCACUCUGUGUUCUGUGUUUAAUUAUUUCAAACCGAUAUAUGUCAACAACGAUCAAUCCGUGACAGUAUUAUUUUUGUGUACAAGUGUUUUCAAUAGUGUUUAGUGAUUUAGCAUUGUAGUGAAAGAUUUCAUUUGUAGUAUUACUUAAGUGUUGGUUUGCCGUUGGUGAUCGAUCGGUUUGUGAACUGUGAGCCGAGCGAAUUGUUCCAGCAAUAUAUCAUCCGCAUCGGCAACUCCGUAGAGAAAGACUCCAGUCUUCAAGGCACCCCUUAAUUGUUUCUGCUCGCCCUCCCCCAACCAUGGAUCCGUUGGAGCAGUCGCGCGUUUUUCUGGAUCGCUUCAAAACAACCGUGAAUCCAGAAGACCCACUUCCUGUCUGGGUGCCGAUUUACAACCUCAAGUACGACGAAAUUGAGCCCGCAAUCAUCGAUUGGAUCAGAACGUAUUUGGAUCUGUUCGGAUGUCCCCAGUGCAUCUUGACGCCAAUCAUACGCAGAGUUGUGGAACAAGUGCUAAGCUAUUGCAAAGAAAAUCCCAAAUCUUGCGGUUUCACCGGUCAAGAGUAUAAAACGCUUCAGCUGAACCAAGAAGUGAUUUCACGCGUAAACCGCGUUUGCACCGAACUGUUGGACAAUGAGAAGCUUAACAAUUUGCUCGCCCAGCUGGGCAGUGGUUUGGGUGAGGAUCAACCAGACUCAGCCGCUGGGAUCAGCACCGGGCGAAAGAUUCAUUUUUCGCGCGGAAUGAAACAUCGACGACGCACGAUGGAGGAUCGGCACGUUUGCUUGCCCGAGUACAACAAACUGUUCUGCACGAAGGAUACGGAACCGACCGCCUUUUAUGGUGUGUACGAUGGACAUGGUGGUCAGGAAGCGGCCAGCUUUGCGGCUUCCCAUCUGCAUUAUUAUAUCGCACAAAGCGAGCACUAUCCGCACGACAUGGAGCAAGCGUUUCGGGAAGCGUUCCUAAAGACUGACAAACUGUUUCUGGAAAAGUGUGAGAAUCAUCAUCUCAACAGUGGCUCCACAGCCGUAGCUUGCGUACAUCACAUUAGUUCUAGACGCAUUGACUUAGCAUGGGUUGGUGACUCUCAGGCGAUACUCGUAAAACGCAAUCCUGGCGAAGGAAUUUGCAAACGGCUUGUGCAUCCUAUCCAUGUUGCAUCUGAUCCGAACGAACGACAGCGUAUUUCAGAGGACGGCGGUUGUGUUAUUCCUUGGGGCGGUCAAUAUCGAGUCAGUGGACAGCUGGCAAUUACACGAGCCAUUGGAAAUCGUUUCUACAAACCAUACGUGACGGCAAACCCAGCAGUUUCAUUAAACCAGUGUACGGAGGACGAUCUUUUGCUUAUACUAGCUAGCGAUGGGUUAUGGGAAGGAUGCAGUGAAUUUUUGACGUCCAUGUUUGUGCUGUACGCAAUUCGAAAGUUUCCAGAUGAUCUGCAGAAAGUAACUGAUUAUUUAAUAACCUUUGCCAAGGAUAAGACUAGAGACAAUAUUACGGUGAUAAUAGUGUUCCUAAAAGAUCCACAAACCAUCAUUAAGGAAACUCCAUUCAUUGAGGAAAUAGAAACUAACGCAAGACUGCGAGCCAGCCAAAACAUGGAGAUUAACGGUGCCGCCAGUAAUGGUUUUCUUGGAGAGAAUAACGCGCUCGGCAUGGAAGAUCAUAAAACAUUCGACGACAUUCAAAACUUCAUGGCUGAAAGUGUUAUGCUGGAACCAAAGUCUGCCGCCGCUCUGUGCGUCGUCCCGAUGGAUGAUAUGAACUUCCUAUCAGAUGGUGGUCUCGGACCAGAGACGGACGUUGACGGUGUGCACGACAGCAAACAGCAAUCGCCUAGUCCACUGCUAGAGGAAGCAGUCAAGUCGCCGGAGCUCGAUAAUGGUGACAUCGAGCAUGAGAUCGCCAGCGUAGAAAGUGUAGAACAACAUACGAUGGACCAUCACAAUCCUUUCGCGCAUUCGCUAAAUGCACCACUAGAUCUACCCAGCAAUGUGGCCGUAUCGGGCCUCAAUGACUUUGAAGAGGAAGAUCCUACAUCACCAUCGAGCGUCAGCGCUGCCGACCCGGUUGAGCUGUCCGCCGGGCAUCAUCUGGGUGACGCAAUUCCGCACGUAAACGGUAAUGGUGAACAUCACUACGAUGAGCCCAACGAAACCGAGGACGAGCUGCUGGUGGGUGCAGCGGAAAAUGAGGCCGCAGAAAUCGUACCCGCGCUGAAGGCAGAACUGAACACAGACGAAAUAGUUCCUCUCAAAUCCAUUGACGAACCGAUCGUUAAUGAUCUGCUGGGCGGUGAUUCAAUCGUCGAUAACAAACUGAUCGAUCAGCUCGAUUCGUUCGGCAUUCCGGAGGCAAUCCGGCGACAGCUGAUCGAGCAGCAGGUCAGCGGUGCGGCAAUGCUACACGAGCAGGACGAAGAUGAUGAUGACGGUCAGCUCCUGGCGGAGGAGAAGCAUUCUGAUUUCGAUGGGGUGGAUGAUGGCGCUGAGAAGGUGGAUCUGCACCACGAAAAGGUGUUCGACAGUGAUUAUGCUACUGAUCAUCGUAGUGCAGACGUCAAACAGGAUGAUGAUGCCGGUUGUGGCGAAGAUUCAGAAGAAGACGAAUGGGACUACGUGAAGGUGAACAACCAACAGCAACAGCAGCAACAGGAACAAGAAUCGCAACCAGCGCAUGAAAAGCAGUCGGAAAGCACGCCUUCAGAAGAAAUUACGCAUACGGUUGACCAGAGCAACAGUUUCGCGCCCCACGAAGACGACGACGACGUCGACGAGCAGCUUCUGCAGGGAAGCGGCGUACAGCGUUUGCAGGAACCAGAACAACACUUCGAACAGGAGGUGGUGAAUUACACGCAAGAAGUGGAAGCACCGACGCUGUCUCGCGAAGAGGACCAGGAGGAUCGUGAAGUGGUAGAAGAACGGCACGACGAAACGACGGCUGUGCCGAAUACCAGUGAAUUGGUGGCGGCGGCGGAUAUUCUUGGCGACUACGCGGAAUCGACCGUGUCGGAGAGUACGAAAGAAGUUGAUGAUGUCAUCAGUGGUGGUGAAACCAAGGAAGUUGUCAAUUUGCUGAACGAUUUCAAAGAGGACGUUUCAUUACCUACUACAACGGACCAAUUGCUGGAAACCAAUUGCCUAAACAAAGAAAACAUUGAACAGACGGUACCUUACGUUCCCAGUGAUAGCGUAAACAUGGAGGCUAGCAUGUACGGUGGAUCAGUAGCCGAGCAACCGCUCUCGCCGGAAUCGCCCGUGUCUCCGGUAGAGAAUUUCCCGGCACAACAGCAACAAUAUAGCCACGAAAAGGAUCUUUUCGGUUCUGAUAUGGACGAUACAAUGAGUCCGACUGCCGAUGGUGAAGAGUUGAAAGAGAAGCAUCUGUACGAAACUGAAGAAAAGAGUAUGAAUUUGCAACAGCAGGAAGGCAGUGGAGAUCACAGUUGGCAGUUGAAUCCCGAUGCGAAGGAAUUCGUACCGGUAACAGGAUCCGCUGCUGGUGAGAUAAAUGCCAAGCUGCACGAAAACAUCAAGCUGCGUGAUGACGCAAUCGUUGCACAAAGUCCCCGCAAGGGUGCGGUGGCUUCGAUGGAAGAUCUGGACGUGCCGGCCGAAACGGUGUUCCAAACGGAAAUGGACAAGAGACCGCACGAGUUCGAGGAAUACGGGGAAGACAAUGGGGCUAUCGGUGCCGAUGACAGUGCCGGAGAGCAUCGUUUGCGAUCACCGAUGGCGAUACAUCCGUUCGAUCUGACCGAAUUCAGUGAGCAAACGGUUGUGGAGCAAACACAAGCAUCUAACAUUGCUGACAUAACCAAUGGUGAAUACGCUUCGCAAUACAGUGCUGACGAUGUUCUGCAUGCCGUUACACACACAAACGGCGGAGAAUAUGCAACGGAUGAGUCGGAAUUGCUGAACAAGGUACAGGAACUCCCGACCGACGAAGAGGCAAUGUUUGAAGCUGGUAUUGAUACAAAUGGCAGCGCGAAGGAAGAACUGUACGUGGAGCAGAAAGAUACGAUGGAGGUUUCGGGUAACGUCGGGGAGGUGGAUGAUAUGAUGUAUCAUGAAUAUAACAAUCCAAUUCCCGCGGAUGAAGUGCCGAAAAGUAUGGUCUCGGAUAUAUCGGAAAGUCCCGAAUUUAAGAUGCUGCAAUCUUCAAUUGAGCAUUUAAAAUCGACGAAGACCGCCGAUAGCUAUUUCCAAGAUCACGAAGAACAGGAAUCAUCGAAUUUGCGCAAAGAAACUGUCGCCCUUGAAGCAUCUAUUUAUGAGGCGGAGCUGGCUGCACCAGCGAUUCAGCAGCUGGCCAGCGACGAACAAGUGUUGCAAGCAUCGCAAGGUUACGCCGAUCUAUUGGGCAUGUCCGAGCCGGUAGAACCACCUCAACCAACAACGAUCACCACAGAGGAGAAGCGUGUUGAAAUCGAAGUAGCGAAGGUACCGGAUGUUGAAAAAGCGUCUGGUGAUGUGGCAGCUACCGUAGCAGCAGCAGCCGCAGCCACAGUGGCAGUGGCGGCAGCAGCAACAGUUGCCACGGCGACCAGCAAGUCCACUAAGCCAAAAGCCUCGUCGGCAACGACUGCAGCGAAGAAACCAGCUUCUAGUGUAACCACAAAACCAUCCUCGGCAGCAUCCAAAGACAGUGCUACCAAGACCGCAUCACGUGUUGGCAGCAGCAGUACAACUGGAGCAGCACGCAAACCGCCCGUAGGUACCACUGAAGCUAAGAAAGCACCCACAUCUACCGCAGCAAAGACGGCAUCGACAGCAAUGAAUGGUGUAAAGGAACGACCGGCAAGUGCUACUUCGAGCAAACCAUUAUUGGCAGCGAAGAAACCGAUUGCCGAUGCGGCAAAGACGGCCUCAUCGAAGACAACAUCUGCGACCUCGUCAGUAGCGGCUGCCCGAACGAAGGUGACUUCCGCUACAUCAUCAAGCACGACGAAAACGGCCAGUGCAAGUUCGGCUACCAGAACUGCCGCUUCUAAAACGGUUACAUCUUCGAGCACCACCACAAGUGCCGCUGCCGGAAAAACGAGCACCGCUCGUCUGUCCUCUACCACAGCGACACGCACAGUCACUUCGCGUCCCUCGAGCGCCGUAUCGAGUGCCUCAGUUCCUUCGAAAACUACUACCACAACGACUGUAAAGCGAACCGUCGCAGCAAAGAGUUCACUAACGAACGGAACAACAACGACUGAUGGAACGUCCACUAAAUCCACCAAGACAACCACUACUACCACAGGCAGUACAGUUCCGAGGACGGGAACCACAACCACCAGAACAACCGGCACUGGUUUGGCCACCAAAUCGAGCAGCACGACGGUGGCCGCGAAGAAACCGCUGGACGUUAAAACUGCCACAGCGACUAAGACAUCAUCCGCGUUGUCGGCGACGGGUAAAACGACUACAAUGCGCACCUCGCUGGCUCCCACCAAAGCCACUGCGACCUCACCGUCGGUUCGGAAGCAAAACGGUGUACCGUUGAAGAAAUCCACCACCGCCGCUUCGCCAGCGUCCGGUGCGAAGAAACCGGCACCGAUUUCGAAGCCAAAAGCGCAAACCUCGUCUGAACAGCAGGCGGGAACUACCACAACAACCACAACGACGGCGGCAGCAUCUCCAUCGAUCACCGCUGAGACGAACGGUACCGGCAAUGAUGUAGCUGAUGCGGUACUAAACUCCUCUCCGCUGGAACAACAGCCCGCUGACCAAUUGCUCGUGUCCAUACCGCAAGCAAUGUGAUGUCACUAAACGGAGAAGGAGCAAAAAGGAACUCUCUGCGAUAUGAGGGGAGUAUAGUUAUCCGAUGAUCGGUUAAAAAACCAUUAACGCAUAUUCCUAUUGUUUAACCGUGUUUAAGUUAGUGUGAUGGCACGAUUUAGAGCAAAACAUUUCAGGAAGUAACAAUCUCUGGCAAUUUAAGAUUAUUAUCACCAAAAAUGGGGACAUAAGAAAAAGGAAACAAUCAUUCACUACUCUUAAAGUACCCACAUAAAUGUCACGCGUAAAUAUCGUGCAUACGAAAAAAAACACUGCUAAAACGUCCCCAAGGAGAAGACGAGUGGUCUGUGGGGUUUGGACACAAGCUUCAAUAAUUCCUGUUGUCACAAAACCGUAGUUGUGCACCUGAAUUUUUCAUUUCAUAUUAAUCAUUUCGAAACAUUCGCAUUACGCGCACAUCAACUAUUCAUCCUUGAACACAUGCCCUAUUGACCAAUGCAGAAAGAUAGGAUUGUUUUGCAAAGUGUGAAGAUGGCGCGUGUAGAACGUUCAAUUUCAGUGAUAUAUUCACGAAUGUUCGACGAAACGAAACAAAAAGUGAAAUCGCCACAAUACGAACAAUGCGCAAACCAUCCCAAGAGAUGUAUGGAUUGAACGAAGAUUCGAAACGAAAGGGGAGUUCCCGUUCGAUAUAAUUAUUUAGCCUACUACGAUUACUGAACUUAGCGAAUAGGGUGUGUAUCUUUUGUUUUAUGCCAAGCAUGAUGAUUAGUAGGGUUAUAUAUUACGUUUCAAUCCUUGUACGAUGCCCGUCACGGGAACGCUUUUUCUUCUGUCUAUAUGACACGCGUGUGCAGAGUGUGUGAGAGAGAGAGAAUGUUAAGCCAGCAUGCCGUGCGUACAUUAAUCUCUAGCAAUACCACGCGUCACACAGUAGGAAAUGAAAAUGCGUGAAAAAAAAACAGUAUGUGUAGUAAACGCGAUAUGAAGAGAAGAUUCGUCGAUGCAAUCCUGCAAGAGGGAGGAUACGAUCAUUGGAAAAAAAAAACAUUUAAUCGCUUUUCUCCUUUUUCAACGCUUGCUGUAUUCAUGUGGUGUCGUCGUAGUAGGCGUUAACUAUCACAUGUAACCUGUUGCACAUUUUGUUUUAUUUAUCCCAUUUUUACGUUUCGUGUGCAGCAUGUGUGCUUUUUCUCAUUGUUUUUGUUUUAAAUUUUUGUUACAUGGCAACACUUCGUGUGUUUCAACCGUUAUUCUACAUUACGCGCGCUUCUCUCUCUCUCUCUCUCGUUCUCACUCUAGCCUAUCUUUUGCCUUUUGAUUAUCGCUUUAAACCGAAUAUGGUAACGUUUAUUAAUAAUUGAUAGGAAAAAAGUAAUGCAAAACUGUUUGAAUAAUGUUGAUGGAUAGUAGUACAGCCGAGGGGUGGAUGUGAAUGAGGCACAAAAAUCGGAAAGGCAGAACGCGCCUAGCAUAACGUAACGCACGCUAGCCGUGAAAUAAUCGAAUAUUUUAACCCAGCAAAUCCCAUAGCGUUUAGUAGUUGUUAAAUUGAAUAGCCCCCACUUAACCGUUUACUGUGUCUGGUAGCUCAGUCCCAUUAUGUGGCAUCGCGAAUAGUAGGAAUAUACUACAAUAUACACCAAGCCAAGACGAAAGGAUAAUUUCGCGUAUUUUGUCCCCGAUAAAUUAUUCUGUAACCGUUCGGAACAUAGUGUGUUCUAUUUUGGAGCUUGCAAGGCACGAAAUGGGGGAAAGAAUUUUGAAAUUGAGCUUAAGGGACACAGAUAACAGUGCAUGUGGAAUUGGAAUGCCCCGACUGCAGUAGAAACAGGUGAAGAAAGAACGCAACCUACUCUAGCGCAUAUAAAUGGAACUACUACUAUUACUACUACUACUUGCAAUGGUGAAACAGUAACCUAUAAGAAUAUAUCCUUAAAGAAAAACGCGUAAACACCGUUCGGGACAGAUGAGAUAAUCAAAAGAAUGAACAUUUACAUCAUUUACUCUAUUAUACACGCAAUGUGUGGCAGACGAAGAAACACUCAUACACACGUAAAAGCAUAUAGCAAACGGUCAUAAAGCCUAGGAACAAUAUGGAAAACGAAUUGUGAGAUGGAUGUGCUGCCGUAAUACUAUUUCAAACAAACAACAACAGAAACGAAUAAAAUUAUGAAGAAAAAUUGGUGGUGGAAGUCCAACCACACACCCCCAACCACAACAACACACGGGGUGAGAGAUCAUCGAAACCGAUUCGUGGUCCGAUGUAUCCUUCCGUUUGUGUGUUGCGAUAAAAUACACCAACACACACACACACAAACACACUAUUUCAUAAUAUUUUAUAUAUUUAUAACACAAUUUGUAUCUGUUUAACCGAUUGCGCAAUUAAAAAGGCAAAAUAAAAACGAUAGAAAAAC